CAACAACAGUUGAGAUGGUAAAGUAGGGCGACGUCGCCGAAGCGAGUCAGAGUCAGGACAGUAGCACUGUGUUGUGGCUGUGGCAGUUUGGCAUAUGACAAAGACUACGGCGAGCAGGCCCUCCGAGGACUAACUCAUCUGCAGCAAUCAGUUACUCCGUCCAGCCAUUCAAACAGUUUUGGCGCCAGCAAACCCCGUCAAGCGACUGUUCCGCCUUCAUCAGACCACAAGAACUAAAAGAGAUUCAUUUAUAUCACAAUACGACUAGGACAGAAACUCUGAGGAAACAACUGUGUGGUGCUGAACAGCAGAAGAUGAAUUUGCUUGCGAGGGGAUUCAGACGCAUGUCAACUUAUUCGUGAAAGCAAAUGUUCAAAGCACAAUAAAUCUGGAAUCGGGUUUCUAUAGUUCUGUGUCAAGGUGGUUUCCUGUGUGAUUUAUGGAAAUUAAAACGUCAUACUGACUGAAGCCCAACGUAAAGUGUAUCAGCAGCAUUAGUGGAACUAGGAAAACGUUUACGUAAAGGAGUGUCUACAAUUUAAAUUCAAGUGUUCAAUAUCUAGAAAUAUUUAGGGGAAGUCUUUCAUAAAAUAUUUUUGUCACAAAUCCGUUUAAGACUAGGCAUGAAAGGAUUUCAGUUUAGAACAAAAUAAGAGUCAUAUAACUUUACUCCUGUGACGCAGAAGUUUGUUCAACCGUAAAAAGUAGACUGCCAUAAAUAACGAUUCGUGAAUUUCUACAGACAUCCAGGUAAAUUACCGGUACCUUCUUCUGGCAUUCAGACUCACGACGCCUGAUACUGGGAGAAAAAGAGAGGGAAGAACACGCCAGAUGUUCGAAGUCUGGCAGAAGAACCAAAGACACUUCUAAAGUCGUUUCUUUUGCUACAAAUAAAUCACAUUUACACCAACACCGUUCAUUCAGUACAACUUUACGAAGUUAUUACUAUCUUUUUUAAUUUUAAUUUCAAUAUAAAAUUUACUCUUUAAUUACACAACAGAAUUAUUUCACGAGAAAUAAAAACAAGUACAAGCAAUGACAAUUAUUUUUGUGCUUUCGUCUGGCAAGUAUAGCUUAUAACUUUUAAAGAACUUCGAGGAACGUAACGUAGAAGUUCUCAGUAAAGGCCGUGCUGUUAUACAUAUAUUAAUGACAAAGUGAUUGCACCUAAGCCGUGAAGAAAGGGAGAAAAAAUAACACUUCAAAGGAAAAUAUAUAUUCUGAUUUAAUAUUUUUUCUGACCUGUAACUUAAUAGAAAUGGCGUUAGGAAAUAUAGUUUUGACAGCUUCUGUGAUAGUCUUAUACUGUGUGGGGUGCACAAAAUCAGAAGGCUGGACUCCCACAACGUUCCGUGAGGUGUCCAACUACAGCAGAUCUCAAGACAUAUCAACCCCCUCAUCAUCACGAAUCAGUGGAAACAACAAUCACCGAGACGUGACAUCCAGUAACUUCCAUCCCACUCGUCGUGACAUGAAUUCGCGGGCGAUGCAGAUCACCGUAACCCCGGCAGCAGCGCGCGUCACAACCGAUCACCAUCUCCAAGACGCGACAGCAAACAGUUUCUACCCUAGCCGUCGCGACUGGACUAAACAGGCUGCAGAAGACGACUCGAAUUCAAGUAUCCCGGUUACUACGCAGGAAUAUCCGGGACAUCGGGAUUAUUAUCCCAGUCGACGGGAGCGCCCGCAACAGAAGGUCGAGACAAUUCAGGAGGCUGUGAAGAUACCAGGAGGAGCAGCGGCAGCCGCGGCAGGACUCACCAAACCCACAAGAUACCAUUACUAUCCCCAUAAUCAACAUAUAUACCUACUGCCAGAAUGUGCCAUACAACAGGUGUGCAAUGCUGUGUACGUGCGUCUGAACUUCACACAACCAUUGUGCGCCUGCCCAAGCCGAUAUCGCGACCCCUGUUCGGCGAGCACCAACACGGACGAUUUACAUUCAACAGAACUCAUCACAGACCCUCGAGGAAAGGCUCUGACACUCGUAAAAACCUGCGAACCUGUUGCCGAUAUGCGCGAAUGUAGAGCACCGAGGGACUGGUCACUGCUCGCUCUGCAGAACAUUCGCACUGGAAAGUCACACUACCUGGUCAUCUGCCGCUGUCCUCCCACCAAAAUUCUAGAAGGCCCUAUGAGUCAUGACCAACCAACAUAUGCCAGUGUACCAGGAAUCAGAGUAUAUGGAAUGAUGUGUGUUCAAGUCAAUAACAGAAGAGGCCGACACCUCCGGUUUCAGAGAUCAAGUACACGUUCAAUGCCACCGUUUCCAUGGAGGAAAGUGAAUGAAACGGCCCAUAUAUUACAUUGGGAUGACUGAAGGUUUCAUUUCAACCUCAAAACAUCAAGCAAAAGGUCAAGACCAGUCAGUCAUGUAUAAUGGAAGACAAAAAUGUUUUAACUCCAAUGAUGAAAAUCCUCAGUUCACAAUUAAGAUAUCUGAACAAGAUAUAGUGAAGACUGAACAGCCAGAAAUGAGGAAUGGAAAGAGAUUUUACCAAGAUUUAUUUCUGGACAGGUGGAUAUGAGUGAACUGGGAUAUACAAGCAAAACCACAACUAAUCCAUUCCAUGAUGCAUGGAAAUAUUUCUGCCAAAUCAGGUUCUGUAAGUCCCUCAAAUAUUGUACAAUGUUUUCUACAUAUCACUUCCGUUAAAAACAAUCAUUUAGGAGAAAAAGCAUAAAAGUAAUGUUUAUUUUCUUAAAAUUAAAUUUUGUUGCAUAUAUAUCUGUACUUAGAAAGAAACUAUUUAUUAAACCUGAAAAUUAUUAACAGUGGCAGUGCAGGUGUUUCCAUCUGUAUCCAGCUUUAUGUGUGCAUAAUAUACAGAUUGAUUACUUUAAAACAAUAUAUUAACUUCAUAUAUAAUUAAGUAUGUUAGCAGAUAAUUCUUAAGCUACAAAAUAUAUUUAAAAUCAGACGCACAUAAAUUUGUGUAAAAGCCAUUUUAUAUAGAAAACUGUAGGUAUAACUCUUCAUUUGCACCUUUCCUUUAUGUCAAAUCAUGAUCCUAUUAUGACUAAUUAAACAGCGAAUGUUGUUCACACAGAAAUUUGGACUGCCAGCCCAGUUCAUUUGUCACUGCCACAUCAGCUUCACCUCUGAAUUCAGCACAAUGAAUGACGCAUAUUUAUUAACAUAGCACACCCUAGUGUUAUGGAAGAGACAUGCUCCUGAAAAUCCAAUUUCUUCCACACACUGCAAUUUUAUAAGUGCAAAUGUGUUCCUACAGAAGGGUUUACAAACUACACUUGUAGUAAAAACAUGCUGUUUCAAUUUGAGGUUCUCACAGAGGAGGUUAUGAGAGUUCUAUCGUCUGGGGCAUAAUGCCAUGCAGUCCACUGAAAGUCAGCCGACUUUCCAGAGAAACAUGUCAUCUUCAUCUUCAUCUUCAGGGUCGAAGAAUCUCUGCUUGCCAGCUGUUUUCAGGCUCGUUUUUUACCCCGAAGAUAAAGGUGACAGAUUCCUCUGAAAAGUUGGUUGAUUUUCAAUGGACAGCAUGGCGAUAUAUCCCAGGCUGAAUCAAGUUCUACACCAUAUAUAAGUCCUUUCCUUCACAUGCUCUUGUAGAUUUACUACUUAUGCAUGAAUUUGAUGGCCUCUUUCCACACACCUUAAAUAAGGAUAAUGGAACACAGUCAAGAAAAAGUUGGUAGCAGAAACCAUGCUACAGCCAAACCUCAAGAUUACUGAUGCAUGCAGACAGGCUAGACAAUGCUCAGCGACAUUUCCUGUUAUGUCACAGAUGCAAGCAUAUAUGCAAUCACAAUUUCUUUACUAAUAACCAUUUCUUACAUAAAUAUCUUUGACUGAAUUUCUUGUUGCCAUUUUAUGUUUAAAAAUAUUUGAAUACUUAAACUACACUUUCUUAAGGGUGAAAUUCUGUAACCUGAUCAUCCAUAACUCAAGGGCAGACUGUAUGUCAGUCAUAUUCCUGCCCUUUUCAUUAUGAUGAAUUCAGUGGUUUGUUUUUGGUGUUGGCACAAUCCAAAUGGGUUUGGGAUUUGGUAGCCACAACUAGAAAAGGAAGUGGCACAACGGGAUGGUGGAUGCAGUUUACAGUAUAGAAAACGGAAACAUCUGAGCUAUCAUGUAACAAAAAUGCCUAUCAAAUGGUAAAGGCUUUGCUAAGGAAUACUUCUGAUAAUCUUGACACAUUUUGUUGAACUCUAGUAAUAUUUAGUUAAUUCAUAUUUCAGAGUACUUCAGUGUGAAAAGCAAAAAAAUAUUCAUCACAACUUUCAUCUUCUACUGUUUUAAAUUCAGUAAAAAGUUAUUUUUGUUUAUAAUUAAAAACUCUGUAAACUUUACAACUUUUUUGAAAUGCCAAAUUUUCAUUAGUGUGAAAAUUUACAUUAUAGUCUUCUGGGUUUUACUACUGUGUAGCCUCACAGGUUGUUCACCAUUGUGAACCCUGCAGACAGAGGCAUUCAUGACCACCCACAGCUACACAUCAAAAUCCAGAUGGCCAUAACCUAAGUUGAUAACUUUCUUAUUGCAGCAACUACAACUAAGGUAUGUUUACCUUCUUCACAUCAAAAUUCAGUUUAAAUAUAUAUCAGAGUAUGCCUAAAAAUUAAUGCAUGAUAAGCUUUUCUAGCAAAAAGAAAUAGUAGCAUACCUAUGCAGAGCUUCUAUUGUCACUAUUUCACCUAUCCUUUGCACUGUAAGGAUAAUGGUGGACUGGUGCGUAGAUCACAGUUCAGCUUUCUUUGUACUAUGAGCCUGCUUACUACAUAUUUAAAAUAUAAGGAAUAUACAUAAGUCCAGAAUUUGUAUUAUUUGCCUUAUUCCUUCAGGGGGUAUGUGGUAACUUAGUUGGUUGAGGCACUAUGCUACAAACCGGAAGGUUUGAGUCCUG